AUGGAUCACUCACUCACUGACUUCAACAAACCAUUGACAUAUCCAAACGCUACAGCCACGGCUACAGCCACCGACAUGGCCUCGGCCACAGACACAGCCACAGUGAACGACACACAGACAGUUGGGGCGCCGUUUGAAACCUCAAGCCUUACCACCGUUCACAUAGCGGUGGCCCAGGAGAUCACACAGGCUAAGAAAGACGAGCUGUUUGAGCUAUUUACAACUGGGCUGCUGUUAGAGUUGGAGUUUAUACCCACAAGUGAUCACAUUGAGGCUGUACUGAUGAUUGGAAAUGGCACGGCCGACCUAGCUAUAGCAGAUGCCUACGCGUCAAUGGUGGCUGUGGGCAUGGAGCUUGACGCCAUCGCAGUGCAGCAAAUAGCAGGUGGCGACUACUACCACAGACAUCAGGCGUGGACACUUGCUGAGGAGCACGCGGCUGGUCUGCGGGACUUUGAAUACUCUGAAGCAUGUUUCCCAGGAUUCGGACUUGAUACAGCCUUGACUACGAGCAUUGGGUAUCAAAUCAGACAUGGACUCAUUGUGGCGGGCGAGGACCUCGAAGUCACCAUCCGCCAGAACUACUUGGAAUCGUGUGCCGAACCCAACAUCUGUCAGGCCUGUCAAGGCUACGACUACCUCACCAACAACGCCUGCAACGAAACCAAUCAAUUCACGGGCUAUGCCGGCGCUAUCCGGUGCAUAACAGAUCGCGAAGGUGGCCAAGGGGGGCGUGUAGCGUUCGUGCGAGACGAUACUGUGGCCUCCACCUGUGGGCAGCCCAAUCCGCCAGACUGGUGCUUGGCCGAGGACGAGUACGAGAUGAUUGCCGAUUUCGGAGAGUUUCCAUCGAAUGCCAUCAUCUACGAUCCCUUGCGCAUGGACGAUGCUCUGGAGGCGCGCCUGCGCCAUGCGUUCGAUUUGGCCAAAGACGAGGACAACACCACACUCGUGGACCAUCAUGAAGCCUAUAACUCGAUCUUUAGUCUGUCGCUGGCUGAGCAUAUUGACGAGUUCAGCAAGAAUGUCGCAUGCGUACCCGGCAUUAAAGAGCUGCUGGGCUAUCCCAACAUCACGCUGCAGGAGUGUGUCCUGUCGAACCAUCGCGAGGGCACGCGUGACGACCCUAUCCGCUUCGCCUACUACGGUAACCAGUACAACAUCGAUGAGAUCAAGGCAGAUCUGCAGGAUGCCGUGGCUGGUUUUGAGUUUGAAGUAGUGCGGGCCACGGAUGCCACACAUGCUCUGCGCAUGGUGUUGAAUCACGAGGCUGAUUUUGCAAGCGUAGAUCCAGCCCUGGCGCUGAAGGGUAUUCCGUUCGCCCUGAUUCCGCUGGCGUAUGAGACGUACUUGGACAAUGUUACCACCUUCUACAAUGCGGAGGUGUGGACAAGAACGGACUCGGGCAUAACCAACUUCACCGACUCGCAGUUCCUAAGCAGUUGCCAUGGCAGCGCCACAUCGAGCGCUGGCAUGUACUAUCCUGUGGGCUAUGGUAUCAGAAAGGGAUACAUGAACGUCACUACCGGUCAGAGUAUCACGGAUGUGGCGAAGGCGUAUUGGUCAAAGGGCCAGUGCGCGCAACCUGAGCUGUGCGACGAAGUCUUGUGCCAGUCGAGCCAAUUGGAUGACAACGGGCAGUUGGAAUGUCCUAUCCAGGGCAAUCUUCCUCAAAUAGACAGCGAAGAUGCCAGUGCUCUGCAAUGCUUGUACUACGGUGGUUCCAUCGCAUUCAUCCGAGAGGGAGCUAUGUCGCUGGCCUGUGACUUUACGCCCGAGGGCCAGUCGCAGAAUCUGAUCUGUCGGGAACGGGAGAACUACCACAAGAUCAUGGAUCUCGGGAAGGUACCCACAGACAUCGUCAUCACACAGUCCCGCUCCUUCAUGGCCGGCAAACGAGAGCAGUUCCAAGAGGAGUUUGUAAACGCAUACGGCAACACCGUCGCUGGGGUAAAGCUGCGCCAGUACUUUGGCGACCACGCCAGCUACAUGGUGGCCCCACGUGCCUAUGAUCUGAACGCGCACAUGCACAACUACAAGAACAACGUCGCCUGCUUGCCAGAUGUGGCCGAUGUCCUCGGCCUGGGUGUCCUGAGUGAACCCACUUGCACCAUUGAUUCGGGCCGCGACGGGGACAUCGAACCCAUACGCUUUGCGUAUGUGGCCGACAGGAGCUAUCGCGACACUACCAAUCUGACCAUUCUGUUGAAUGAGAUGUCAGGUCUAACCUACGAAGUGCUCUGGGCCAAAACCGACCACGUGGCAAUGGAUAUGAUCAAAAACAACCAAGCAGACUUGGCCUAUGUCGAUAUCCCGGCAGCGGUGUAUGGUAUGGCCACAGACGAUAACAUCCACGUCAUGGCAGCGGCUUAUGCGCCUGUUACCAACCUGCCUUAUCUUGAGGCUCAGGCAUGGGUGCUUACCAACUCGUCUAUCCAGACCAUUGCCGAUACGAAGGGAUCGAAUGCGUGCCACCCGGCCAUGCGUUCAUCAGCCGGAAUGUAUAUGUGGCUGCAAUACGCGAUUAGUGAGAACCUCAUCGAACCGCCCACUCUGUCUGAGGACUAUAUCACGGACACGGGCCUUGAUCACCUCACGUCCGCGAUUGAGACGUGGUUCCAGAAGACUUGCGCCGAGCCUCAGCUGUGUAGCGCCUGCGCGGAUACCAAAGUCGAUGGCCUUUGUAACGCUUUGGACGAUUACGCUGGGCUUGUGGGUGCGCUCAAGUGUCUGACACAGGGCGGUGGUGAUGUGGCCUUCUUACCCGAUCACGCCUGGGAACAGAUCUGUGAAGAGCCCCUGCCCGAAAACGAGGCCUGGUGUCUGUCCAAAGAUUCGUACAGACUUCUGCACACCUUCGGCGAGGUGCCCACGCGCAUGUUCGUGUCUUCGAACGGCCGCUUGACUUCCCACUCACACAGUAUCAUCGACGGUCUCCUUCUCGAGCUAGAACCACGAGAGAUAGCCGUUCAUGCGCAACUCAACGCGUAUUUCGACAACGGGCGGGCCGAUGGCUAUGCACGAACAACCGAUAUGCAGACACGCAUGGACACAUACAUGCAAUCGCUGGCGUGUGUGCCUGAUGUGUACUACUUGAUGGGUCUUCCGGAUGAAGUGGAGCUGCCAUCCUGUGAUAUCCGUCUCAAUCCCAACGUAGCCAUCCAGGGUGAGCCGAUUCCCUCCCCAAGUGCGAGUGCGUCUAUACCAUCUACGUCACCAAGUGCCAGUGCGCCUGUGCCAAGUGUAGAACCCUCCCCCUCACCCAGUCGGGAUGUGCCUGUUCUAAAUAUAGACCUGAACAAGGAGAUCGAGAAUUCCCCCGGACAGACGACCACUGAUUCGAGCAGUGUCAAUGACGAGUUUACAAGUCAGACCUCGGCUAACUCUGCUGAUGCGAACGAGGAUUCGAUUGAGUCUCUGGCUAUAGCGGCGAUAGUGCUAGCCGUGUUAUUCCUGGUCAGCGCCCCGUUCGUCGCAUUCGGCCUGGCCCGCAAAUUGAACCGAAGGUGGCUGCGGAAAAAUGGACUGGAUGGGGCGACAUCUGCGAGGGGUAGCAACGCUAGUACUUUCGAUCCCAAUUCGUUCGAAAGCACAACUUCGACUACAAAUACAGCGACGGCUGUUGAUCUCAAUCAACGGCCCAGUGACCUGCCCAUGGUUGGCACAAACCAACGGCUGGUUUAGUUCUGGACCUCCCCUAACAACUCUUCUGUUGGAGGGCAACGCAGGUACUCAGUCCAAGGUACCGCAAUCGUAUUGCGGCCGUGGAUAGGCCAGGAAUUUAGCCGACAGUAGCGCUGAGCUGAAGUGGCAGACAAAACACGAAGCGUGUGUAAGUCCUGUCUGUCUGUACCCCCUCAAGACAUGGAUGUGUAUUAUUUUCCCGCACGCACUUCUCAACACGGUCUUUUAAAUUCACGUUCCAAAGUGCGCCCUGGGCCUGAGGAUAGUGUAUCGACCAGGUUUGGGCUCCAAAUAUUCCGAUUAAACUGGUUGGCAAGCGGGCAGCCCAUUCGCUUUACCUGCGCAUACGUAAUGCGAGAAAUCUUCGGUGCUUGCGCACUCGAUAAUAAAGAAUUCUAAUCGAGAGGGA